AACACUGUUUGCCACACCUUGUUUAUUUAUGUUAUUUAUGUUUGAGUGAAAGUUGAUGAAUCGUAUUAGUUCGUUAUGUACGCUUUGUACGCUUGUUUUAUUUUGUUAAUGUUAUCCAUUUUGCCUUUGGGUAAGGCUAUUAGAUGUUACCAGUGUAGUUCUGAUCAAGAACUCAAAGGUGAAGAUAAAUGUGGAGCAUACGAAUCUUUUGAUACUCAACGAAAUUCUGUAAUAGAUUGUUUAGGAGAAGAAGCAGUUACACCUGGAACAUUUUGUUAUAAAAGUAUUCAACAGAGCCCUCGAGGAUUCAUAUGGGAUGGGCGCUGGCGUACUGUGGUUCGUCGUUGUGCUCAAAUAUCUGAAAGAGGAAUAAACUGGGGAUGUGAUUGGGGUUACAAAGAAAAUGGAGUGUAUUGGGAGGAGUGUUAUUGUGCUGAAGAUGGUUGUAACAGAAGUGAAAAUUUAAGGACAUCCAUAUUUUCAUUAGUUUUGGUGAUUUGUUGUAUAUUUUGUUUUCAGGUUUUCAGUGUCCUGAAUUAAGAGUAAGAGAACUAUGUCAUAAAACAUGGUAUCAGUAUAGGUUAUUUGGGAAUUAUUGCAAAUUAUGUAAUGGCGUAGAAUAUAAUCAAGAAUUUAUGAAUUAAAACGGCAUAAAAUAUUUUUAAGUCUGCAGUAAGCUUAGUGUUACUAAUGCCUUCUAGUUCUUUUGAAAGUAAAAUAUGAAAACAUCAUUAAUAUUAUUUUCAUAAAAGAAAAUUAAAAAAAGAGAAAAGUGUCUUGCAUUUUAAAAUGUUUACUUUUUUUAAAAAAAGUGUGGACUAAUGUGAUUUGCUGUAAUUCUGUGCAUGAAUCAUAAAUUAGUUCAGGAUUGUCUCUUUAGCAUUAAAAUAUAUGGUACUGAAAAUUUGCAGUAGCUCGUAAUGAAAAAGCUUAAAGUAUGCUAAUAUGUUGAAGUUAAAAUAAAAAACUUCUUUAUAAUUUUUAAGGCAACUAUUGUGAAAUUAAUUGCUUGAUGUAAAAAGUAAUUAUUUUAAAUAUAAUGUAGGAAUUGUAAAAUAUAACAAAGGAAUUAAAUAUAAUAUAGAAAUUGUAAAAUAUUCUAUGCAACUUUUUUGUAAGAGUAGAAAAGUAUCUGGCAUUAUUUUAAGAAGCUGAUAACCGUUUAGGUUUCUGUUCUUGUUGGUUAGUCUCUCAGUAUUUUCAAAUAAUUAUUCUUACCAAAAAACAUCUUAUAUAUGUUAGCAGCUAUGUGUCUUUAUAAGUUUUGAUUAUUUUAUCAUAUGAAUUGUUAUUUAUAUGUAAUGUGAUGCAUAUUCAUAUAUAUCAAUCAUCAGCUUUUUAUCAGUUUAUAUGAACUUACUAUAAUUUUAUUCCUUUAAAUAAAUAUAAACUGAAUAUAAGAAUAAUAUUACAUGAAAUUCAAUUUAUGCAUUUAAAUUUAAUUACAAAACACUUGUCAAAAAGAAUCAGAUUUAUAUCAAAAUUUGCAUUAUAGAUUUUAAGAUGUUUCUAAAAAAUGUAUCUGAGUGUUGUAGUUUAUUGAGUAAUUUGAUUAUGAAUAUUUUAUUUUUUUGAUGUUACCAAACAUUCUACUACUUCAUUGUUAGUUUAUUCAUUAGUAUUGAAAUUCUGAUAUAUAUUUUACAUACAAUUUUCUUUUUCAAAUCAUUUUUUUUUUUUUUUUUUUUUUAGUUUGCAUUGAACAUAUUCAGCAGUAGCGUGAAUUCAUGUUUAGUUAUCUUCCCCCCUUUUUCUCUAAUAUGAAAAGCACUUUUUUCCAUAUACAUGCAUUUAAUUAUUAACUGUUUAUAUUCUUUUACUCUGUAAACCUAUUAUGCACACUUGCAAUUAUUAAUAUUGUUGAAUCAUUGCCUUGCUUUGACUCCAAUUUCCUUUAGAUGCUUUAAGUCUAUUUUACUUCAAUCCUGUAGCUAGAAAAUUUGUACAUAUUUGCACACACACAAAUUAUUGUCCUGGUUAUUUUUUAUUUAGUAUUAUUUAUGAGUAUUUAAAAUUUUUAUUAGUUUGUAGGUUUUAUGUCUGUGUUUUUAUAUUUCUUGAAAUUGUAUGGAGGUUGAUUUUGAAUAAUUUUAUUUACAUAAUUGUAUUUUUUAAUAUGCUCUUUGUGUGCAACAAACUGAAAAUUGUACUGGCAUUUCAUAAUGAUAUGAUAGUCCCAUCAAAAUUUUGACUGAUUACCAGCCUGUGACAUGCUAGACCAAGAGUUUGUAUGUCUAGCAAUAACUGUGGAAACAUGUUUCCAGAGUUGAAUAUAGUUGCUCAUGUCAGAAGUAUGUAUUUUUCCUGUAGCAUGUGAUGAAAAACUAUUGCUAUAGCACUAACUUUUGAGGAAAAUCUUAUCAGUUAUUAUAUCUGUGUUAAAAUGUUCAUGUUUUGAAUAUAAGUUGACAAUACAAGUUCUGCCAGCGGCAAUGAGUAAUUUUAAAUGAUCUGUUUUAAAAAAUACUGUAGCUGUACUGUUAUUUAAAAUAACCAAUUUAGAAAUAAUUUUUAAUUGUAUCUGUUUAAUUUAAAAUUGUUGCUAAAUUGUUAAUUAUUUUUUUUAAUUUAAAAAUAUUAUUUAAUCUUUAAAACAAUUUGAAAAGCAUAUUUUUCAAAGCACCUUAUGAACAUAGCUAUUAGGAAGAAUAUGUCCUAGUUUUCAAUGUGAGGAUACAUAUGUAUGUAUGUAUGUGUAGAGAGCAUAGUUCUUUUUUUUUUCCUCCCCUCAGUAUUGUAAGCCUUUUUGUAGAGGUGCAUUAUGGUUAUUACUAAUUAAGCAGAUGUUAACUGCUUUUUCUUGAAUUGAAACUAUGCUACCAUAAAGCUUUUCUUUUUUCCUCAUCUUUUUUUUUCUUUUUUGUUAUUAGCUUAUCAAUUUUUAUAGAUGUGUGAUAGACUUAGAAAUGUGUGUUCUUACAUUGAAAGAUCCUAGCUACAAUUAAAUUUUAUAGGUCUUUCAAAGUCCUUAUUUUUGAUGUCAAGCUAUGGAGCAUAGCAUAUGUUGUAUGAGCAUCAAGUACUGCAUUUAUGCAACGUGCGUUUUACAUUAAUACAUAUUUAAAGAAGUGUAUAAGUGAAAAAAAAAAUCCGUCCAUUUUAAAUGUUUAUUUUGUUAUGUAAUCCAAUUUUAUUGUUAAAAUAUUUUUUACUGUAACAUUUCAAUAAAUGUUUUUAUGAAUAUGUUUCUUUUUAUU